GUCAUUGCACAACGUUCCAACAUCCAAAAAGUGAUCGUUGCCCAAUACACCCCUUUCGAUAGCCGAGAAUUGCAGCACUGGGGUAUCCACCCAUCGUCCCUCCCACGAAAACUCAGACGCCGUUCAACUCAUAUCCGAUCAAGUGCCCCACGGCGACACCAGCAGCGAAAUAGCAAGCAAUCAUGAACAGAGUACCAAGGACAGCAUACAAUCUCGGAACCCGAUCAUUCUAUUCCCAUACUCACCCUUCAACACCGUUCUACACACCCCAACAGCAAGACAUCUUAUCAAGAGCACUGAAGCAUGUCCCAGAGCAUGGGUUUACUCCCGAGUCUCUGAGUAUGGCUGCGCGUGAGGCUGGAUACCUUGACAUUACCCAUGCCCUCUUCCCCAAGGGUGCCUGGUCUAUUGCAGAGUACCAUAUGGUUACCGAGCGUGAGCGUUUGAAGGGGCACUUACCAGCUCUGGAGGAAGAGAAAGGUGUUGGGAGAAAGAUCAGGAGGCUAUGUGUGGAGAGGCUGAAGGCAAACAAGGAUGUUAUUGGACAUUGGCAAGAAGCUCUGGCGCUCAUGGCCCUGCCAAGGAAUGCGCCAGGAUCAAUGGCCGAAUUGGCUAAACUUGCGGAUGAGAUGUGGUAUCUGACUGGAGAUCCAAGUGUGGACAUGAAUUGGUAUACCAAACGAGCGAGCUUGGCAAGUGUUUAUGCCACCACAGAGGUCUAUAUGACACAAGAUACAUCGGCUGACUUUGCCAACACAUGGGCAUUCCUUGACCGCAGAUUAGGGGAUGUGCAAACGCUUGGCAAAGGAGUGGGCAAUGUCACGGAGUAUAUCAGUUUCACAGCACACUCCAUCGGGAAUAUCUUGAACUCCCGGGGAAUGAGAUUGUAA